AUGAGUGUGGUUGGUAUUGACUUAGGUUAUCAGUCUUGUUACGUUGCUAUAGCUCGACAUGGCGGUGUGGAAGUUAUUACUAAUGAAUAUAGUGAAAGGAGUUCACCUUCAUUGGUUGGUUUCUUCAAAUCAAGUAUGAUGAGUACAUCUGCUAAGACAAAGGCUGUUACAAAUUAUAAGAAUACAGUAGCAGGUUUUAAGCACAUUGGUCGCAAAUACUCUGAUCCUAUUGUCCAACAUGAACUAACUCAACAACAUUAUAAAGUGGAGCAGUUACCAGGAGAUAAUAUUGGUAUCAAGGUGAACUACCUCAAUGAAGAAACAGCUUUCUCUCCUGAACAAAUUACCAGCAUAAUGUUAACUUAUCUUAAAAGCAUUUCUGAAAAAGCCCUUGGAAAACCUGUUCAUGAUUGUGUUGUAUCAGUGCCAUCAUAUUUUACUGAUGCUCAAAGGAGAGCUGUUUUAGAUGCUAGUAAAAUUGCUGGUUUAAAUUGUCUUAGAUUACUAAAUGAAACUACUGCAGUUGCUUUAGCCUAUGGUAUUUAUAAACAAGAUCUUCUGAGGAGAAAGAGAAAUCUCGUAAUGUUGUGUUGUUGAUAUGGGAAUCAUGCAUUACAAGUCAGUGUGUGUGCCUUCAAUAAAGGGAAACUAAAAGUGUUGUCUAAAGCCUUUGAUCCAAUGCUUGGAGGUCGUGAUUUUGAUCAGCGACUUUUGAAACAUUUUGCUGAGGAGUUUAAAAAGAAGUAUAAAAUUGAUACACUAUCCUAUUCAAGACAAACACUACGUCUCACAUCUGAAUGUGAAAAAUUACGUAAAUUAAUGAGUGCUAAUGCCACACCCAUUCCAAUUAAUAUUGAAUGUUUGAUGGAUGACAAAGAUGUUUCAGGACGAAUGAAAAGGGAUGAAUUUCAAGAGUUGUGUAAAGAUUUAUUGGAUCGAAUUAAAGCACCUUUAAAUGUAGCUCUUAAGAAAGCAGGGCUCAAACCUAGUGACAUUUAUGCUGUUGAAAUAGUUGGAGGAUGUACUCGUAUUCCUGCAGUGAAAGAAAUUAUCAGCAAUUUCUUCCAAAGAGAAGUUAGUACAACAAUUAAUCAAGAUGAGGCUGUGGCCAGAGGAUGUGCUCUACAGUGUGCUAUACUAUCACCAACGUUUAAAGUUCGAGACUUUGCUAUUCAAGAUAUUCAACCAUUUCCUAUACAGUUAUUAUGGAACAUUAAUAAUGAACCAGGGUUAGUCACAGAGAUGGUAGUUUUCAAUGAAGGAGAUCAAAUAUAUCAUUCUAAAGUGUUGACAUUUCGAAAGGAACCUUUUCAACUGACAGCUCAAUAUCAUGAUCCUAAAAAUUUACCUUAUCCUGAUCCUCAUAUUGGUAAUAAGUUUAUUAUCAAAAAUGUUAAACCCACUGAUGAAGGAGAGUCCUCAAAAGUCAAAGUUAAAGUGAGGCUUAGUAUUAAUGGAGUAUUCUUCAUCAAGUCAGCUACACUUGUAGAAAAACAGACUCAAACUAACAACUCUGAACCCAUACCUGACAAUUCAGAGACACCACCAGAAUCUUUAGAUACCCAGUCUAAACCUAAUCCUGAGGAGACUCAGCCGAGACUACAGAAUCUCAGACUCAGCCUGAGACUACAGAGCACAGAAUUCGACUGA